UUUGCGCUGUGUGAGGGGUUCUGGGUGCUGUUGGGUGCGGCGGUGGUGGGGGUCAUUAGUGCGACGGGGGGGGACUUUGGGCCGUUUAGGGCGGUGGAACAGUCGAUUGUUUCGGAGCUGACGACGCCGAGGACCAGGGCGGAUGUGUUGGUGUGGUAUGUCACGCUGGCGAGCUUGGGGAGUGCGCUGGGGACGGAGAUGUCGGGGAGGAUUGUCGAGGGGUUGAGGGGGCGCGAGGGGUGGACGCUGGUGGAUGCGUAUCAUGGCUGUUUUUGGUUGUAUGUGGCUACGGGGUUGGUUAAUAUGCUGUGUGCCGUCAUGUUGUCGGAUCGGUGCGAGUUGAAGGCGGUCAAGGUGGUGGAAGAGCGGGGUGAGGGUGAGACUGGGCCGCUGCUCAACGGAUCGCAAGAGGGGGAGUCGAGAACGGAUGAGGGGAAAGCGCCAAAGGCGAAGGCAAGCUGGGUUGCCCAGAUAUCGCCCGAAACACUUUCCAUCAUGGUGGUGCUCUGGUUCCUCCUCAUGGUCGACUCACUCGCCGACGGCAUGGCCAACAUGUCACUGACAACAUACUACAUCGACAAGAAGUUCCACCUCGCCAAGUCGGCGCUCGGCGACAUCGUCUCGAUCAGCUACUUCCUCUCAACGCUGUCCAACAUCUUCUCGGGACCCCUGGCGCGCCAUAUAGGGCUAGUCAAUACCAUGGUUUUCACCCACAUUCCGUCUUCGGCGGCGGUCUUGGUGUUUCCCCUAGCGCAGACCGUUCCUCUCACCUUCGCGCUUCUGCUGCUGCGGGUCGGGCUCAAUAACAUGGACCAGGGGCCUCGGGCUGCACUCAUUGCAGCAGUGGUACGGCCCGAGGAGCGGACCGCUGUCAUGGGUAUUACAAGCAUGUUGCGGACGCUUGCUUCGACAACGGGGCCCACCAUAACAGGUCUGUUGGCAGGCGGCGACAGGUUCUGGGUGGCAUUUGUGGUUGCCGGUUCACUCAGGUUGGCAUAUGACCUGGGCCUGUUUGCCAUGUUCAUUAACAUCAAGUUAUACAAGCAUGAGGAGGGCGAGGAUCAGCCUGGAGAGGUGGCAGAAGGAAAUGCACAACCAUCUCUCCCGAGGCAAGUGGAGCAGCCGUAACUUGUAAAGAUUCCGACAAGGAGUUGGAGAUAAUAUGACAAGGAUGACAAGGAAGUUGUUGAUCCGGUUGGAUACAGCUUCACACACGCUACAACUCAACAUCGAGUCUUUUGUCCCUUAUCUCCCACGACCACUGGCCGGCGAUUUGGGACCGCGCGAGGUAACAUAUUCAUCAUUUCUCGCGGCCAAGUGGAGCAAAAAUCUGGGAAUAGAUACCAUCUAAGGAACAUGAGAAAAAGAAGAGGACGAAACGCGAUUUGAACGCGUGACCUACCGGACUGCAGCCGGUUGCUCUACCCCUGAGCUAUUCGUCCUGGGGCAAUUAUUGAUAAGAUAGCGCAGCUGACGGCCUUUUGUGUGGUUGCUUUGUAAUUGACCCUUAUUCAGGGGUUCAGUUCAGCUGUCCACAACGCUGCACCAUCGUUU